AUGCGUUUCGCUGUCGUUUGCUCCAUCUUGCUCGGUGCUUUGGUCUCGGCCGCGCCGAUCGCUUCACCGGCUGCUCCGGACAAUGCCUCCGGACUAAUGUCUCGCUCUGAAGUAGUGGAGCGAUCGGGGGAGCAGGAAGAGCUCGAAACGCGAGCAGCAAAGGUUAGUUGUUCUGCUAGCUCUUUUGAUGACGCCCGCGGCCUGGCAGGACUCCCGAGACUGACGGCCCCUGUUUUCUUCGCGGUCGCUCCUCACCCUCCCCCGCCACCGCGCAGCUCACUCUCGCCGCUGGAAAGACGACCUACAAGGGUCGAGCGACGUGGUACACCCAAGACGGAAACGCGGGCUCGUGCGGCAAGUACAACUCGGACUCGACCAUUAUCGUCGCGGUCAACAGUCCUCAGGUCAACGGCGGCUCCCACUGUGGUCGCUACGUCACCAUCAUGAACACGUCCAACAAGAAGAUCAUCCGCGCCAGGGUCGCCGAUGAAUGCCCGGGAUGCGGUUGUGAGUCAACCAAACCCGCUCUUUCUUAGAAUUUGGUUGAUCGGUACUGAUGCUGCUCUCGUUGCAAAUUUAUUCCCUGCUCAGACGGCUCGCUUGAUCUCUCGACCGCGGCUUUCAAGAAGCUCGGCAGCCUUGACACCGGCGUCCUUCCAAUCAAGUGGCAGUGGUCGUAA